GAGUAGAGUACUCGACUACAAUUUUCAUUUCUGCUUUUAUCUUUUUCCUCUGUCAAAUAAUUAGGCCAGCUAGAACGUAUUUUGUAUGUGUAUACAUGCUUUGUCAGGGCUGAAGCCCUUUUAAUAUUGUUGUGGUCUGAAAAUAAUUCAACUAGAUUGUUGUGUUGUCUUUUCAUCUAACGUACGCCGGAAGGGGAGCCUGUCUCAAACCAGUCCACAAUCUACAGUUUGUAUAGACGUUGACUAGCCAGUUCAUCACGGCUCAUUCUAGACUUAAUCACCAGCCACACAGAUCCCAGGAAUACCAACGGUUUAUGAAACGAGAGGGUAGUGGCAGCAGAGGUAAAGGCAGACAGACACAAGAAACUCUCUGUUCUUGGCCUGGAUCCUCCUCAAACUCCAUCAAGAUUUCUCUCUCAAAGGUUGUGGAAUUGAGUGGUAGGAAUGGCGAACUAUGCCAUUGAGGACGCUUACAGUAGCAACCCAGAAUCCAGCAAAGCUUAUAUGCAUGAAAGAAACUCAUCCAGUAGAGAAGGAAUGCAAGAGGUUGAAAGUACCACGGAAGUUUUAACCAGAGUAGACUGGGACCUGGCAUACUCUUCUGAGAAGUUGGUAAACUUGCAUGUACUUUUAGUGCAUCUAUUGGCGCGAGAUAAUAAUCUUGAGGCAAGAAUGGCCACAGAAAAUAGCUAUAUCCUGGCAAUAGCCAUUGAGAAGGCAUUGGCGUUUGAUCUUCUCUCUGGGAUUUUAGAUUCUGAGGUAAGAGAGGUGGAGAAUUUCAUGGAAAAUAUCCAAUCAGAGAUUGUUGAUGCCCGUCAUAAAAUAUCUUCUUGCAGACACUCAACAGAUCUAUUCACUGUGAUGGAGAAGAAAUUGAAUAAUUCGGAAGAAUCUUUGAUGAAGUUUCGAGAACAUGUCUUAGAGGUGAAGGCACAGUCAGCAAAAUUGCCAAUGGCCUUUUCAGCUUUCAUACUUGAGAACUGGAAAGAUGAUAAGGCCACCGAGUUACCAGCCAGUGGGCAGAUUUCAAAUAUGGAUGCGAAUUCAAAAAGGCAGACAGCUGAAAAACAAAGAAAUGUCCUGAGGAUGUUGGAGAAGUCUCUUAAAAGAGAAAUGGAUAUGCAGAAGAAAAUUUCUGCACUAGAACAAAAUGAAGAACAUCUGAAAUUGAAGCUGCACUAUACAGAACAGGUGUCUUUUUGCAUGGAGGAAGCAGCAGAAGUCGUUUGGGGAAGAUUUUUAGAGGCAGAAAAUGCUUCUGAAGUGCUCAUGGGGAUUUCCAAAGAAAUGGUUGGUCGUCUUCAGAUUUUUCAAUUCACUUUGAACGGUUCAAUCCAACGAGAAGAUGAGUUGAGUUCUAAACUGCAAGAUUGUAUAAAACAGCUGGAUGCAAAAGAUACUGUUAUAAAGAAGCUUGAGAGCAGCAUUUCAGAACAUAUUGCCAGAAGUUCUCAAGUGCCCAUUUUGAUGGAAAAGGUGAAAUCACUUGAAGAACAGCUGAAAAAAUCAGAGUUACGUCUGCAGAAUGCAAAUGCUUUAAAUGCAGAAAGUCAAGAGCACCUAAGUGAAAUGGAAAAUUUGGUCGAGUCUCUGAAAGAAAGCAUCUAUGAAGCGGAAACGAGGGCUGAGAAUGCAGAGACAAAGGUCACACAGCUAACAGAUACGAACGUGGAACUUGUGGAGGAGAUUAAUUUUCUUAAAGGCAGUAGAGAUAGUAGCACAAAGAAAGUGACUGUACUUGAGAAGCAGUUGAGGGAGUCAGAAAUCCAACUACAGCAUGCAAAAGUGUCAUCUGAAGCAAGUCAAGAGCAACAAAACAUGUUAUACACUGCAAUUUGGGAUAUGGAAACAUUAAUUGAUGACCUGAAAUCGAAGGUAUCGAAAGCUGAGAGUAAGACUGAUAGUGUUGAGGAGCAAUGCAUUGUAUUAUCCGAGUCUAACAUGGAACUUAAUAAAGAGAUCAGUUUCUUAAGGUCUAGAGUGAAUGCCUUGGAGAUGUGUCUGGAUGAAGCUAACGAAUCAAAAGCUGCAAAAGCAAAAGAAAUUAUUGUAAGGACUGAGCUUAUCAUGGAUACAGUCAUGCAGCUAACCAGAGAGAGGGAACGCAUCCAGAAUCAGCUAUUUUCUCUAACAAGGGAGAAUGAAAUACUGGCUGCUAAGUUAAGAGGUGCUUCAUUAACCAUGUUCGACAAUGGACAUGGUGGCGGUGGCAAGUUGGUUGCUUCCAAGAAUGAUUCAUUGAGUGAGACUUGUGAAAAACUUUUCGAGGAAGCAAUGCCCUUGAGUAAAAGUCUGAAGACUGCUGGUUAAAGCAUGCACCACAGCAUCAGAAUGAAGUGGGGAUUUCCCAUCCCGCAGUUGAUACGGUGUUUCAAAGAUUGGAGGAGGGAGGACAAAACAGGCUGCAGGACAGCUAAAUGUGAAAACAAUUUUUGUUGCAGUUACUGCAGUGGUAGUUCUAUAUUUGUUACAUAAGAGAGGUUUCCUACUUGAUUACAUCUGAGGGCUGCUCUUUUUCGUGGUGAAAGAAGCUGUUGUUGUAUAGCAGGAUUGAUUGGAAUGGCUUUUCUCCGAGUGGAAUUGAUUGUGUUGAAUGCUAUGCACAUAAAAUUAGAUUUGUUUUUCCUCGUUUUUUGUCA